AAAAGGAUUUCUGGGGAUUUUCAGAUAAAACAAUAGGAUUUUCACAAAAGGUGUACGAGAUUUUUUUUAGAGUGAUUUGCCCCUCGUAUUUUUUGCGCUCCGAUGACUUCUCACAUAAUGUACACAGAAGUUAAUCCGAACCACGAGUUAAUAGCCAAGGAUUUCAAAGAUGAACGACUGUGAGAAAAGCCAGCUUAUACUCCGACCGUACCUUGGUGUCAAGGCUGUUUCAAAAUAUGUGCAAGAAGUUUUCGGAGUGGCAGUAACGUGUAUCAAAGAACUAGACAGCUACAGAGAUAGAAAUUACUUUGUAAGAGGCAACAUUGCCAUUAAUGGGCCUUCUUGUGAUGGAAAAGGACAAUUUUUCAACGAUUUAUCAAAGGCGAAUCAGUCAACUCAGAGUACUGGGAGAUACAUUUUUAAAGUAAUGAGCACAGAAACAACAUAUUCGAAAGACUUUUUGGAUGCAACUAUUGAUGUUAUGAAGCAUACACAGGAAAGCCUUGGCAACAGCUCUUACAACAUUCCUACCAACAUUUCAAAUAGAAAUGGAAAUUUUGCAGAAUUAAAAGAACUUGAGGUUCCAUUAGAAUACAUUGCUGAACGGGAUGCAUCUUUUGCUGAAAAGAUUGCUAAGAAGCAAAUUGAAGGAGAUAGCGUGUGGAAGGCUGUUGUUGGUAGAAACUCUGGAAUCAAAGUUGUGAUAAAACACUAUAUCAGGUUACUUUCUUUUGUGGAAGAGAAGACUCUGAAGGAUUUUGAAAUCGAAGACAAACUGCUUAUUCAGGUUGGAGAUUUGGCUGCAACAGUAUGCAAUGCAUUAGAGGGAUUUACCCACCCAAUCCUUAUAGAAAAAAGAGAUAUAUGGGAUUUGAAGAACCUUCUUUGGCUGAAUUCACCGCAGUAUCUCGAUGCCAUAAAGAUCAAGGAAAACCAUGGUAUGGUCGUGAAGUGUUUUCAGUUGUUUCAAGAUAAUUUCCUUUCAGUCGCAGAGAAUUUACCCAAACAAACGAUUCACGCGGACAUCAAUGCAAGCAAUGUAAUCACCGAAAUGAUCGACUCAAAAGCAACGAUUGUUGGUUUGAUAGAUUUUGGUGAAGUCACUUACUCGUUUCGUGUAUUUGAAAUUGCAAUUUGUAUGGCCUACAUGAGCUUGCUUAGGCCAAAUGACUGUCUGAAGGAUGCUGGCCUCGUUCUGUCCGGGUAUUUGUCAAAGGAGCCUUUAACAGAUCUUGAAUUGAAAGUGUUGUAUUACUGUGUUAUUGGAAGACUGGCACAGUCCCUUACUUUGGGGAAUUAUCAAUACUCUUUGGAUCCUGGUAACGAAUAUUUGUUAACAACGUCACAAACUGGUUGGAAAGUUCUUGGAAUGUUCUUAGAAUACGAGGAAAGAGUUGACGAGCUGGUUGAAUAUUGGCUGCAAGUUCAUGCAAAUGUACAAGUUUGAGACACUUUAAAUUCUAUUGCCAGGAAAGUCAGUGUUUUAAGGGUUCUUAUGCAAUAAGAGACUACAUGUGUUUUAUUUCAUAUAAUCAGAAUAUGUAACAAGCUAAUAAAAUAUUAGAAAAUUUAUUUCACGUCUUGUUCUUUUCGUUCCUUUAAAUUCAAAUCACACUAGUGUCGUUAUAAAGAAGCGUGCCGCACUCUGAUUUGUUAACACAAGAGAGAACUUGACUGUAGUUGGGUGCAUAACAUCAAUUGUUAUCAUGCUCUGCUGACUUUCCUUGCUACCACUCUUGUAUCUCUGUACAAUAUACUGUUUCCCUAUGACAGAGCCCACUGAUGUUGCAGUUUUCCAAUUUAUUAAGACCCAUUCUUCCCAAUUUUAGCCUUUCCUAGUAGAAACUUUUAUUGCAUCUUAUUGCAUCGAGCCAAUUGAUUCAACGGGUUAAAAUUAAAAAGUUUAGAAAAAUGUUUUAGAACUCUUCAUUAUUUUAGACGGCAAAUCGUCCCGUGAGGCAGUAGCCACCCUUUUUGUAGACUUGUUAGGAUACUUCUUGUCUGUAACUCCGAGGAGAUCGGGGGGAAUUUACCCUUCAAUGAAAAGGGAGCUGGGGGCACCGAAAACGACCCAACUUUUCAAUGGGGCACCAAUAGCCCGCUGAAACAGAUGUGAACGAAAAAAGACAACUACCCAGGCACCGAAGAGGCGCAUAUUUCAAUAUCAAGACGACUUUCUCUGGAUUCUUUCUUUCCUCGUCUACACUCAUGCAAAGCUACUUAGCUAUGUGCAGUAUAGUUCCCC